CUGCUUUUUCACCUUGAGAUGCCACCUGCGCUUGAGCCGCGCGCCUCUGCCCCGAGCAUCCCUCUGCUCUCUCGCUCACGUUCCUUUACUUCUGUAGCAGCGCGAGGAAGAGCAGAGGAUGAGGCCCGACUUUGGUGGGACGGGUGGGCUCUGGAAGGGCGCCCCGACYGUGUACCUGCUGGAACCGCCAGUGYCCCGGGCCUGAUGGGUGCCUCCCCAAAUGGGACCCCUCUUGUCUGCAGUGACUGCUCUGAGCCCCUUACGCACGGGCCCGCUCACUGGCACGAGAGCUUCCCCAUCGCCAACGGGGAGCGCCAGUCGCCCAUCGAGAUCAAGACCAAGUCAGCCAAGUACGACCCCGCUCUGAAGCCUCUCAGCUUCAGCUACGAUGCCUCCACAGCCAAGAGCAUCGUCAACAACGGGCACUCCUUCAACGUGGAGUUUGACGACUCUUCCGACAAGUCAGUGCUGAAAGGUGGAGCACUUGAUGGAGUUUACAGGCUGGUGCAGUUUCACAUUCACUGGGGAUCCUGUGAGGGCCAAGGAUCGGAGCACACUGUGGAUGGUGUCAAGUACGAUGCAGAGCUCCACAUUGUUCACUGGAACACAAAAUAUGGUAAAUUUGCUGAAGCUGUGAAGCACCCCGAUGGCUUGACUGUGGUAGGCAUUUUCAUGAAGGUGGGAAAUGCCAAGCCUGAAAUCCAGAAAGUUGUUGAUGCUCUGAAGUCCAUUCAGACCAAGGGGAAGCAAGUUUCCUUCACAAACUUUGACCCUACUGGACUGCUUCCUGCCUCCAGAGACUACUGGACAUACCCUGGCUCACUGACCACCCCUCCUCUGCUCGAGUGUGUGGUCUGGCACGUCCUGAAGGAGCCCAUCACCGUCAGUCCAGAGCAGAUGUGCGCAAUCCGUGGCCUUUGCUUCAAUGCCGAGAACGAGCCCGUGUGCCACAUGGUGGACAACUGGCGCCCGUGCCAGCCUCUGAAGAGCAGAGAAGUUCGAGCCUCAUUCCAGUAACCUCAGUGCUGAGCGUCUUAGAGAUCAAGUGCGUUUGUGAGGAGCCCCUCUUGCUAAGCACAAUUCAAACCUUUGCCAUGUGUGCCCUGGCAACAUCUUGUCUCCUAGAUCCGUUCUUUUCCUCUCUGCAUCCGAAAUGCUAAGGAAAUGGGAAAGGCUCUUGUCCGAACAGGAAAGGGGUUCUUAGCGCGGGGCUGGGGGAGCUGGGGUGGAACGGGGAGGCUGGGUGUGUUUUGGUGACUCUGGCUGCAGUUGACGCUGGUCUAGCAGUAUGUUGGCUCUUUGGGAGAGGAUAUGCUAUGGGUAGCAAAAUAAGCCAUGUCAGAAACCUCAUCCACAUACAUAGUAUUCACAACUAACUUGGUAACUUGAAGCUUUGACGAAAGCACAGGGAUACAGAAUACAGCUAUGACUUAGGAAAAAAAGGUGUUUUGAGAAAAAAAGCAAGGUGAAUAUUGAGAAUUAGACUUCUUAGAUUUUAAGAAACUGACAUGUAAAUAUUUUUAAGAUUGUUUUACAUUUUUACCCAUGCUAUCAACAACCUCAAAUAUGUCUUAAUGGUAGUGUGUUGGAUUUUUUAAUUAAAGAAGUCCUAAAUUAAAUACUAUCUUUGCAAAUUGUUAUUACUGUAGAAAUAAUACGAAGUAUCUUUUCAUUGAAAUAAUAUAUGCUCUAAUUUAAAAAGGAAAAUAAUAUUGUAUUUUAGAUAAAUUCUCUAAUAAA